UCGCGGUCGUUUUCAACAAAUGAUGAAGUCAUUUUACAUUUUACUUUUUAUCACAUCCUCCUGGGUGGCAGCCGAGUCAAAACAAAAAAUCAUAGGUUAUGCCCAGCAACCAUCAUGUCCUCCACUUGGACUAGGAGAGUACUUUGAGGUGGCAACGAUACAAACAAGGUCGCGAAUGUACGGUUGCGCUUACUUAGAAAAAGAUACAGUAUUGAGCAAAACUCCACUGUUGAAUUUGUGGCUUGAACGUCCCGUGGAAACCAGUGUACACGGACAUUGCGAUGACCUGACUUCCAUGGACCACUUCGUUUUUGAAUGUAUUACAAAAUACUUUCCGCACAGUACUGACGAGUUUAUUCAAGGCUGGCAUUAUCUAACGCUAUUAGAACGUAGGCCAUACAUGAAAAAUAAUACUGAAGUCAAAUCGACAUUGUUCUACAGGUGUGCCGUUUACGAUAUGCAUGACGCUUCUUCGGAGGGAGUGAAGAUAAUUAGAAUGGCGAUCAGCGCACCAAGAGUUGGGAUGAUGCAUGAAAGUCAGUGCGACGGCCUAUCAAAAACUAUGGGACAGGAUAACUUACCUUACGUUCCCGAAGGUCGACGAACAUGGCCCAAUGGCUCGCUGUACUUGUACCUGUUGGGAAAACCAUUAAUAGAACCCCGCCCAAAAAAAGAAGAACCUAAAAUAUAAUAAGAGGAUGGCUGCACAGUUAUAACAAGUCGUCCAACAACUAAAACCAGCUACUACAUCUACGAUACCCA